UGAAGGCGUUUUCCUGAGUGUCACAGCCGCCACUGAGGCGGGGACUCUGAGCGUCUCAGUCGAGCGGAAAUUCAAAAGUUGCGGCAAAGUUUCUGGGUUCGGUGCAGAGGCUGGAGAUCCACUUUGCAGGGUCCUCCGGGAGGGGAUGGCAAAGUGGGGCUGCCUGUGGAUUGUGCUUUUCUACCUGUGUUACCUGCUGCUGGGGGCAGUGAUCAUGUCUCUGAUAGAGCGACCUUACGAACGCAGUCUCCGGAACCAAUUGCGUUCCUUGAAGUUCGGGCUCCUCAGCGAUACUCCCUGCCUGGCUGAGUCCGACCUCGAAGACUUCCUGGUGCGGGCAUUGGAGGCGCAUCGAUACGGUGUCUCCAUCCUCACCAACAGCUCACACACCAACUGGGACUUUGCCUCUGCUUUCUUCUUUGUUAGCACCUUGGUCACCACAGUGGGUUAUGGCCACACGACCCCAAUCUCUGAUGGGGGAAAGGGUUUCUCCAUCUUCUUCGCUGCCCUGGGGGUCCCCUUCACCAUGCUGCUUCUCGCUGUGAUUGUGCAGAGGCUGAUGAUCUACCUGACCGAUCGGCCCAUCCAGGCAGUCCAGGAGAGGUUAGGCUACUCGAAACGGCGGGUGACCCAGGUGCACUGCCUCCUGAUGUUCCUGUUCACCCUCAUCGGCUUCUUCCUCAUCCCCGCCGCCAUUUUCAGCGCCAUCGAGAAAGAUUGGACCUACCUCAAUGCCUUCUAUUUCUGCUUCAUCUCCCUCAGCACCAUCGGCCUGGGGGACUACGUUCCUGGAGGUCAAGACAACCAGACCCUGCAGCCACUUUACAAGAUAUCAGUCACCUUUUACCUCCUGUGUGGCCUCACAGUGAUGCUUCUUCUCAUCCAGACAUCCCAGAAGGCAAUGGGACUGCACCUCCUGACCCAGAUCUUCAACCUCCCUCUGGCUGAUGACAGUGAAGAAGAGGAUGAGGAGCUUGCCCUAAAUUCAACGGGCGCCCACCCCUCUCUCCAGCUCAAUGGGCUGAAAGCUGACCCCCGACCUCUCGCUCACCCCGAACCCCCUUCCUACAAUUCCAUUUCGCCAUCCAGCGAUCAGCGAGAGAGCCAGAGACUGGAGCCUCUCCCUACCAGUGGCGGAACCCCUAAAUGUGGUUGACAUGGUGACCGGGUGGGAAUGGGUUAAUGGUCAGAGGUGGAGGCUCAUGCCCUUAUCUCUUGAGGCUGAGUCGAUUUUGAGUUGGCCAGCAAGAGGCCUUGGUGGCCCCCAGGGCUCUUAUGUCGCCAUUUUGGCUCCCCCCACCCCGGGCUUGCUGGCGCGGCCUUCUAUCUGGGCCCCUGGCACACAUGGGUGGGGGAGCAACCCUCACUUUGCCGUCCUGCCCAGUUGGCAUCUCGGAUCAGAACCCCACUCCCACCCUCCCUGUUACCACCCUCCUCCCCAUCAAGCCAUGCCAGCCAAGCCCUAGCUCUGCCACCUCCAGUCUGCCCGUUGCCCCGGUAACAUGACGUUUAUUGGAAUGUUGGUGCAAAAUGGCGGUGCCUUUCCAAAUUCUGCUCUCAAGUAUUUACAGCAAUUCUGUUUAAAAGGAGGGAGGAAAUUGUCCAUAGAAAACCAGCAGCAUGGUGGGCAAGUGUGCCAUCUGGCAUGGCCUUUUGGGGCAGGGGGUGAGAACUGCAGCAACGUCCCCUGUAGUUCAUAGAUGGUAUAGAACAAGGCUAUUCACUUCCCUGCGUGUCACUCUUCUACCUUGUACGAGGAGCCACGACCAUCUUGUUUCCAGUGUUGAAAUGGUAUCUCCAUUCACACUUGGUAGGCCGAGAUCUACAACACUGCUUCUCAUAGACUCAUACAGCACAGAAACAGACCCUUCGGCCCAACCAGUCCAAACUGAACGUAAUCCCAAACUAAACAAG